AUGACUGUCACUUACUCCAGUAAAGUUGCAAAUGCGACUUUUUUUGGAUUUCAUAGGUUACUCCUCAAGUGGAGAGGCAGCAUCUACAAACUACUGUACAGGGAAUUUAUUGUUUUUGCUAUUCUUUACACAGCGAUAAGUUUGAUGUACAGAUUGUUACUUACAGGAGCCCAAAAACGUUACUUUGAAAAAUUAUCACUUUACUGUGACAGAUAUGCUGAACAAAUUCCAGUAACCUUUGUGCUUGGAUUUUAUGUUACUUUGGUCGUGAACCGCUGGUGGAACCAGUUUGUGAACCUGCCCUGGCCGGACAGGCUGAUGUUCCUCAUCUCCAGCAGCGUUCACGGCAGUGACGAGUACGGGCGCCUGCUCAGAAGGACGCUGAUGCGCUACGUCAAUCUCACAUCCCUGCUCAUCUUCCGCUCGGUGAGCACCGCGGUGUUCAAGAGGUUUCCAACCAUAGAUCACGUCGUGGAAGCAGGGUUUAUGACAGCAGAUGAAAGAAAAUUAUUUGACCGUCUCAAAUCUCCUCAUCUGAAAUACUGGGUUCCAUUCAUCUGGUUUGGAAAUCUCGCAACUAAAGCCCGGAAUGAGGGUAGAAUCAGAGAUAGUGUUGAUCUGCAAUCACUGAUGACGGAAAUGAAUCGAUACCGCUCUUGGUGCAGCCUCUUAUUCGGUUAUGACUGGGUUGGGAUUCCACUCGUUUACACCCAGGUUGUCACUCUUGCUGUCUACACUUUCUUCUUUGCAUGCCUGAUUGGACGCCAGUUUUUGGAUCCCACCAAAGGCUACGCAGGACAUGACUUAGAUCUCUACAUUCCAAUCUUUACUCUCCUACAGUUCUUCUUCUAUGCAGGAUGGCUCAAGGUAGCCGAGCAGCUUAUCAACCCUUUUGGAGAAGAUGAUGACGAUUUUGAAACUAAUUGGUGCAUUGAUAGAAAUUUGCAGGUCUCUCUUUUAGCUGUGGAUGAAAUGCACAUGAGCCUCCCCAAGCUGAAGAAGGACAUUUACUGGGAUGAUUCUGCUGCUCGGCCACCAUACACACUGGCCGCUGCCGACUACUGCAUACCCUCGUUUCUGGGGUCAACCACCCAAAUGGGGCUGUCUGAGUCCGACAUUCCUGGUGAGGAAUGGCUGUGGGAUUACGAGAAGCACGGCCAUCGACAUUCCAUGAUCAGGAGAGUCAAGAGGUUCCUGAGUGCCCACGAACACCCCUCCAGCCCGAGGAGAAGAACCUUCGGGAGGCAGACCAGCGACAGCUCCGCGCUCUUCCCGCCAGGCACCCUCAGCCCAACCAGGGAUCUGCUCGAUGUGCCGCGGAGAAGCCCACAGAGGGCCUCCCCCACCCGGAGGCUGUCCUCUUCCCUGGAAGGGAGCCCCAAGCUGCAUUCCAGCAUGGGAGAGCUGUCCAUGAUCAGGGAAACCAGCCGAACAAGCACGCUGCAGAGCCUGACCCCACAGUCCAGUGUGAGAGCUUCUCCCACCAAAAUGCCUCAGGUCCCCGAAGUACUGAUCACGGCGGCAGAAACGCCAAGGCCCCAGUCAGAUGGCCACCAGCAUGAUUCCAAUGCUUCCCUCUUCAGCUACGAAUUUACUGGGGUUCAAUCAAGUGGUAGUGCGCAGCACGAAGACCCCACAAGUUCAAUUCUGUCUGUGUCUCCUGGAGACCCCAGUCCCCAGACUGCCCCUGCCAAAGCUGAGAGAAAUAGAUUCAAAUUUACUUUUGAGGAAGACCUUGAUGAUGAUGAUAAGUUCCUGAAAAGGUGGAGCCUCCCAGGGUUCCUGGAGUCCAGCCAUACCUCCCUGGCAGGCCUAAAUCCAGAUCCUGUCAGCAAUGAGCCUGCUCUCUUAAUUGAUACAGAAACUUCCUCAGAAAGUAGUGGAAUCAACAUUGUGGCCAGCCCUCAGUUCUCUCCGAGUAUGUUACACUUAAUGGAAAAUGUGGAGGCCAAGGAAACAGAUAUCAUAGAGUUGGCUAACUCACAAACUAAAGAGUCCCCCAAAGGGACGCCAGAAAGUUCCCGGACUUCGUCUUAG